AUGGCUGCUCUCGCGGCGGCCGGCUUCCUCGGCCGGGCUCCCGCCUCCAACGACCUCGAGGCACAGGCGGUCGCGCUCCUCGAUCGGAUCGCAGCUUUGGAGGCCGUGCCCGGAGCAGCACGGCUGCAGCGCCGCGUAGAGAGCGAGCUGGACGCCGUGCGAGGGGACGAUUCGAGCGGCUCGCGCCUGCUUGGCGCCGCCAACAACUUGAUCGCAGUCGAGUUUGAGCUCGAUGUCUGGGCGUGGGCGCCGGACGGCGUCUCCCUCUCCAAGACAGUACGACCGCCGGGUCAGUCCGCCGCAACAAUCGACGUCGUUGCAGCCGGCGGUGCAUGGCGCGUUCCCGACCACGUUCACCUCCAGACACACGUGCAUGAGCCGCGGUGGCUGGUCGGGGACGCUCUCCCGCUUGAGAGCGGCGAAACGGAGAGGCUGGCGCUGGCUGCAGUGCCGGCCUUGUUGGGCGAGUGCCCGAGUGGAGGAUAA